AAUCCAAUAUAAACAAAAGAACUGACUGACGUGAUUAACAUCCAAUAGAAUGCGGCAUUUUUCUCUUUCUUUCCGCCCAUUGGUCGACAUCUUCACAGAGGGCGGGACUUAUGAAAUGCAACAGCUCGUUGAGGAAGUGGAGUCCGCUGGCGCAGGAGCCGGUGCUGUGACAUCACACCGCCAAGGCGUCCAAUGACAGCGCUCAGAUCAUGGCUGCGUGUGGGGCGCCACGCGGGACGGACCAAUGAGAAGGAAGGACAACCAUGACGGACAGGGACAGGGCUGGCCGCAGGGGCAGGGCGGGAUGAGAGGGGACACGGGCCAGGUGGCGGUGAGACAGGUGGGCAGGGUGGAGUUGGGAGGUGAGACGGGCGGCGUGUCUCGGCUGCCUGUCUUCCUGUUCCCCUCUGAGCUGAUGUUCUGCUCUGAAGACAGGAGCUCCCACAGGAGAGUCUUAACUGUGUACAACCCGUACAGCUUCAGCCUGAGCUUCAAGAUGCUGAGCACAGCUCCCUCUCUGUACAGGGUGGUGGAGGCGGAGGGGAACGUCCGAGCUAAAUCCUGUGUUGACCUCGUGGUGCGUCACCUGGACGUCUCUCCCCGUAACUGGGGCCGCAGGGACCGGUUCCGCCUGGAGGUGAGAGGAGGAGGCCAGGUGGGAGCACGGGAGAUCUGGACCGAGCUGAGAGGAGGAGCAGAGGGAGGAGGAGGAGGGGGAGGAGGAGGAGGAGGAGGAGGAGGGGAGGAUGGGGACAGGAGCAGGAGGAAACGAGCAGGAAGAGGGGACGACGGGAGGACGGGAGGACAGCAGAGGACGCUGUCUGCUCACACUCCUCUGUCUCCUCUGCUGGUGCCCACGCACACACAUCUGCAGCUGCCUACCUGCACAGUGGUGCGUCGCAUGCCUCAGUGGGUGGUGUGUGUGGUGGUGGCGGUGCUGUGUGUCACAGUGUUGAUGCUUCCCCUCCACACUGAGAGCAGCUCUGUGGUUCCAGGCUACCUGCACGUCUCCACCAAUCAGAAGCUGGUCUGCGCCUACACACUGGGUCUUCUCACCAUGGUGUUUCUAUGGUAACCGAUGACAUCAUCAUCCUCUGUCAGUGACAGCUGUUCUCCGGCGCCAUGACAACCGUGUUGACGUUGCAGGUCCAUGUUGUCCACCAGAGACACAGACAGACUGUCUCAGCCCGACAGGCUGAGGCCUCAGAGCGCCAGCAGGACACAAAACUUUAUUUAAAAAAGGACUCAGACAGUGGACGGGCGGCGGGUCGGGACCCUGACGGCAGACUCAGGAUCAGCCUGAAGGCUCUGAGUUCAUUAAAGGGACACAAAUGAAAAAUAUUUUACUUUUGUUUUGUUUCUGCUUCGAAAAGCACUUUUAUCUCCUCACUUCUCUCAGUGUGAGGAGGGAAGAAGAAGAAGAAGAAGAAGAAGAAGCUGCUGUCUGUGUGAGGAGUCACGUCUCAAUAAACCAAUCAGCUCAUUAAA